GGCAACUCAGCGAGGGUUGCCAUAGCUUUUUUAUGUAGGGUGACCAGAACCGGCUGAAACUGGUUUGAGGCAGAUCAGCUCCUGAACACAAUGCAGUCACUGAGCUACUACAGUGGGAUAGCAGCUUCCUCCCUUCAUGGCAGCCAAAAGCAGAGGAGCUUGCUGGAAGGCCUGUUGACUGGGGCUGCUUUUAACCCUUUCAUAUUUGCAGAGAAUGCAACCGUGUGACAGUAACUGAACACUGGUCCAAAGUCUUUUCAAAAGGUCAAGGUUCACAAGAACAUCUGAUCAAAUUCAUGACCAUGGGGGAUAUGAAGACCCCAGACUUUGAUGACCUCUUGGCAGCAUUUGACAUACCAGAUAUGGUCGAUCCCAAAGCAGCAAUUGAGUCUGGACACGAUGACCACGAAAGCCACAUUAAGCAGAAUGCGCACGGAGAUGACGACUCUCAUACUCCGUCAUCCUCAGAUGUUGGCGUUAGUGUGAUUGUAAAGAACGUUCGCAACAUAGACUCCUCUGAGGGAGUGGAAAAAGACGGCCAUAAUCCCACAGGCAAUGGCUUGCACAACGGCUUUCUCACAGCAUCCUCUCUUGACAGCUAUGGCAAGGAUGGCACAAAGUCCUUAAAAGGAGACACACCUACCUCAGAGGUGACUCUUAAAGACCCGGCAUUCAGCCAGUUCAGCCCUAUCUCCAGUGCUGAAGAGUUUGAUGAUGAUGAGAAAAUAGAGGUGGAUGACCCACCAGAUAAGGAAGACGCACGGGCCAGUCUCAGAUCAAAUGUGCCCCAACAGGACUAUGAAAAACUGAAGGCACCCGGAGGAGAAAACCCCAGCAAGACUGGGAUCUCUACAUCAGGCCAAGCGGAUAAAAACAAAGUCAAGAGAGAAACAGAAACCAAUUCCAUAACCCUGAGUGUUUAUGAGCCUUUUAAGGUCAGAAAAGUCGAGGAUAAGUUGAAGGAGAACUCUGAGAAGAUGCUUGAAAACAGGGCCCAUGAUGGAAAGCUGAGUUCUGAGAAGAAUGACACCAGCAUCGCUGCUGUCACAUCUUCCAAAACAAAGUCGUCCUCCAAGCUCUCAUCAUGCAUAGCUGCCAUUGCAGCUCUGAGUGCUAAAAAGGCCGCUUCAGACUCCUGCAAAGAGCCUGUGACCAAUUCCAGGGAAGCUUCUCCGUUACCAAAAGAAGUGAACGACAGUCCCAAAGUUGCUGACAAGUCUCCCGAGUCCCAGAAUCUCAUCGAUGGCACCAAGAAAGCCUCCCUGAAGCCACCAGAUAGCCCCAGGAGCGUAUCCAGUGAGAACAGCAGCAAAGGCUCUCCAUCCUCUCCUGUGGGGUCUACCCCAGCGAUCCCCAAAGUCCGCAUCAAGACCAUCAAGACGUCUUCUGGGGAGAUCAAGAGAACAGUGACAAGAGUGUUGCCAGAAGUGGAUCUGGACUCUGGGAAGAAGCCUUCUGAACAGGCAGCAACUGUGAUGGCAUCUGUGACAUCACUCCUCUCAUCUUCAGCAUCAGCCGCUGUCCUUUCCUCCCCCCCCAGGGCACCUCUGCAGACGGCCAUGGUGACCAGUGCAGUGUCCCCUGCAGAGCUGACGCCCAAACAGGUUACCAUCAAGCCUGUGGCCACUGCUUUUCUUCCUGUGUCUGCUGUCAAGACGGCAGGGUCUCAAGUCAUCAAUCUGAAGCUUGCUAACAACACGACGGUGAAAGCCACGGUCAUAUCUGCUGCCUCUGUUCAGAGUGCCAGCAGUGCCAUUAUCAAAGCCGCCAAUGCCAUCCAGCAGCAAACCGUUGUGGUGCCGGCAUCCAGCCUGGCCAAUGCCAAACUCGUGCCAAAGACUGUGCACCUUGCCAACCUUAACCUUCUGCCUCAGGGUGCCCAGGCCACCUCUGAACUCCGCCAAGUGCUAACCAAACCUCAGCAGCAAAUAAAGCAGGCAAUAAUCAAUGCAGCGGCCUCGCAGCCACCCAAAAAGGUGUCUCGAGUCCAGGUGGUGUCAUCCUUGCAGAGUUCUGUGGUGGAAGCUUUCAACAAGGUGCUGAGCAGUGUCAAUCCAGUCCCUGUUUACAUCCCAAACCUCAGUCCUCCUGCCAAUGCAGGGAUCACGUUACCAAUGCGUGGGUAUAAGUGCUUGGAGUGUGGGGACUCCUUUGCCCUGGAAAAGAGCCUGACCCAGCACUAUGACAGGCGCAGUGUGCGCAUCGAAGUCACCUGCAACCAUUGUACAAAGAACCUGGUUUUUUACAACAAGUGCAGCCUCCUUUCCCAUGCCCGAGGGCAUAAGGAGAAGGGUGUGGUCAUGCAGUGCUCCCACCUAAUUCUAAAGCCAGUCCCAGCAGACCAGAUGAUAGCCUCUCCGUCCAGCAAUACCACCUCUUCCCUUCUGCAGAGCUCCUUGGGGGCUGCCACACACACUGUGACCAAAGUCCAGCCAGGCGUAACCGGGGCGGUUAUUUCAGCUCCUCCCAGCACACCCAUCAGCCCAGCUAUGCCCCUAGAUGAAGACCCCUCCAAGCUCUGUAGACACAGUCUCAAGUGUUUGGAGUGUAAUGAAGUCUUCCAGGAUGAGACGUCCCUGGCGACACAUUUCCAGCAUGCAGCAGAUACAAGUGGACAAAAGACUUGCACUGUCUGCCAGAUGCUGCUUCCUAACCAGUGCAGCUAUGCUUCACACCAGAGAAUCCAUCAGCACAAAUCUCCCUACACCUGCCCCGAGUGCGGGGCCAUCUGCAGGUCGGUGCACUUCCAGACCCACGUCACCAAGAACUGUCUGCACUACACGCGGAGAGUUGGUUUUCGAUGUGUACAUUGCAAUGUUGUGUACUCUGAUGUGGCCGCACUGAAGUCUCACAUUCAAGGCUCUCACUGUGAAGUCUUCUACAAGUGCCCUAUCUGUCCAAUGGCGUUUAAGUCUGCCCCAAGUACACAUUCCCACGCCUACACGCAGCAUCCUGGCAUCAAGAUAGGAGAACCAAAAAUAAUCUAUAAGUGUUCCAUGUGCGACACUGUGUUCACCCUGCAAACCUUGCUGUAUCGCCACUUUGACCAGCACAUUGAAAACCAGAAGGUGUCUGUUUUCAAGUGUCCAGACUGUUCUCUUUUAUAUGCACAGAAGCAACUUAUGAUGGACCAUAUCAAGUCUAUGCAUGGAACAUUGAAAAGUAUUGAAGGGCCUCCAAACUUGGGUAUAAACUUGCCUUUGGGCGUUAAGCCUGCAACUCAGAAUUCAGCAAACCACAGCAGAGAGGAUGCCAAGUCCAUGAACGGGAAAGAGAAAUUGGAAAAGAAGUCUCCGUCUCCUGCAAAGAAAUCCACUGAAUCUAAGAAGAUGGCCAGUCUCGGGUGGACGUGUUGGGAGUGUGACCGUCUGUUCACACAGAGGGAUGUGUAUCUCUCUCACAUGAGGAAGGAGCAUGGGAAGCAAAUGAAGAAGCAUCCCUGCCGCCAGUGUGACAAGUCAUUCAGCUCCUCCCACAGUCUGUGCCGCCACAAUCGCAUCAAGCACAAAGGCAUCAGGAAAGUUUACGCCUGCUCACACUGCCCAGACUCCCGGCGGACCUUCACAAAGCGGCUGCUGUUGGAGAAGCACAUACAGCUGAUGCAUGGGAUCAAGGAUCCUGACGUCAAAGAACUGACUGACACCACCAAUGAGGAGGAGGAGGAGGAGGAGGAGGACGACGUGGAGGUAAAGGAAGACGCCAAGGUUCCCAGUCCCAAGCGGAAGUUGGAAGAACCGGUUUUAGAGUUCAGGCCUCCCAGAGGAGCCAUCACCCAGCCACUGAAGAAACUGAAAAUCAACGUCUUCAAGGUUCACAAGUGUGCCGUGUGUGGCUUCACCACCGAGAACCUGCUGCAGUUCCACGAACACAUCCCGCAGCACAAGUCGGACGGCUCCUCCUACCAGUGCCGGGAGUGCGGCCUCUGCUACACGUCCCACGUCUCCCUGUCCAGGCACCUCUUCAUCGUGCACAAGCUGAAGGAGCCUCAGCCCGUGUCCAAGCAGAACGGGGCCGGGGAAGACAGCCAGCAGGAGAACAAGCCGAGCCCCGAGGACGAGGCUGCGGAGGGCGCAGCGUCAGACAGGAAGUGCAAAGUGUGCGCCAAGACUUUUGAAACGGAAGCUGCCUUAAACACACACAUGAGGACACACGGCAUGGCCUUCAUCAAAUCCAAAAGAAUGAGUUCAGCUGAAAAAUAGCCACAGAGCUUCCACGAGAAAUACCCCAACCCUCAUAGGAAUUGAAAACAAGACUUUUUUUGUUACCAAAAGUUUGCAGUAUAACAGAGUGAACGGUACUGUCUCGGCUGUCGCAAUACGUUCUCUGUCCCGUCCCCUCACCUCUUCGGGUGGAUCCCUCCCCAUAAGUAUUAAGGCAGUAUUUGAGUUUUAAAGAGUUUGUAUAUAUUUAAAUAACUUUUUAUACUCUUUGUUACAUGUUUGUAUCAGUAUUUGGUGGAAAAUGUUUUGAGGUUUUUUUUGUGUGUGUAUGUGUGUUAGGAUUUUCCUUUUUUGUAACUGUUUGUUUAAAACGGAGUUCUUAGUACCAGGGGCAGUUCCUGAAUUCAAACCAACCAUUUUGUAUGUUAUGAAUUUGAAUGAGUUGAGUAAUUAUAGGCUAACAAGCCUUUUUUAGUGUUUUUAAUUUCUAGAACUCACCACAUAAACUGUAGGUGAUUGCGGGUCUCACACUAGCAACUUUUAAGUGUCUUAGCACCACACUCAGCGUGCCUGCUCCUAGCAACUGAGGGCUUCAAGGACAAGAGCACCCGGGGUGAGGGCCUGGCCUGAGCCAUGCCAGACAGCUUCCAAAACAGCCUUGCAGACCCCUUCUUCCUCCAAAGUGGGUAGAGAGGCCAGGAACCCUGUAGGGCAAAUGGGAGAGUGAAGAAGAAGGGAUCCAUAAAGGGGAGAAAAUGGAGCUGGUGAUUUUCUGGGUAAAUUCACAGGAUUCACUCACGGGGCUCAAGGAGACAGGCUCAAGGAAAAGGCCGGCCUGCAAUCCAAGUUGGAAGUCGUAGUUAGACCUGUAGCUCUCUAGUCAGAUUUUGUCAUGGAACUCCCCAACUGUUACAGAGACACAUACAUAAGAGUAUCAUCUACUUCUCUGGCUCUUGACAGGAACAGAAAGGCACGGUUGACUUGACCCUUUGCUGUCCACACGGUUGGCGUUUCCUGUUCUGGGUGCUACUGCCAAAUGUUCUGGUACUUAGAUGCACAGCCUCCCCACUGACCUAGCAAUGCAGCAGCCUGUACUCUGCAACUGGCCAUGACAAAGCUCGGGCCACCCGGCUCCUAGAGUCACUUCAGCCCCCUCACGGCCGCCUGCCUGGAGCGCUGUCCAGGUGCUCUUUGGUCACUUCCCUGUAGAGUUCUCUGGGAAAGCGGUAUAUUUUGGUUGUUGUUGGGUGUUUUCUGUUGCAUUUGAGAUCUUGUAUUUAUCUACCGGUAUGUUUUGUACUUCUUUGUUUGUUUGUUUCGUUUUUCCUAAGCGAAGAAAUUAAUUUGUGUACAUAGAUACUUGCAUGCUAGACUGUAGUCAGCGUUCAGUUCUUGAAAGGUCUUGCUGCUGUUGGGUGUGUGCACUGCAUCCAUCGUGACUGUAUCCAACCCAUUUCACAUGUAAAUAGACAAGAAACAUCGGGCUCUUGAGCUUCUUCAAGAGAGUUAUUGGUGGGUCUUUGACAUCAUGAGAUUUGGGAAGUGACUCAUUACCAGGACAGGCUACAGAAUCUCGCCGAAUUCUUUUUGCUCUGAAGAACGGCUUACUCUUUCUCACCAGUGAGCAGCUGGCUACUCUGCCACUUUGUGUUGACUCCAUCGGUACAAUCCAAGGGUGUGAGAAUACUCCUCAACUUGAAGUGUAAUUGGUGUUACAUGUUACAUCUGUAAUGCUCCCAGUUAUGUUCAUGGCACUUCCACAUGUUCCUGCAUUUGAACCUUGCAAUAAGCCUGCGUGGGGUCACGCAGGUCCGCACAGCCUACAGUUGAGGAAGCUGAGCCCAGGCCCAGCUCCUCGCCUGAGCCCUCAUAGCUGGUAAGUGGCUUUGCAUAUUAGAACCCAAAUAUUUUGCUCUCAACCUAGUACUCGCUCCUUGUGCUUAUGUACACACUGACAAAUACUCAUUUAUUCAAUAAAUAAAGUGAUGU